CGCAGGGCCCGCGGCGGGGGGCCGCGCCCGACUGGAGGCGCCUGCGGCCUCGAGAGCGUCGGCCGCACCAGACCUCGGCCUGAUGGAUGCCUGGUGUGGACGAUGAGGGAAGAACGUGCCUCCCACACCCGCGAGGUGACCCCGGAGCGAGCCCCGGAUGACCCUGCAACCCGGAACAAUGCGGCUGGCCUGCAUGUUCUCGUCCAUCCUGCUGUUUGGAGCUGCAGGCCUCCUCCUCUUCAUCAGCCUGCAGGACCCCACGGAGCUCGCCCCCCAGCAGGUGCCAGGAAUAAAGUUAAACAUCAGGCCUCAGCAGCCCGGCAACGCCCUCCCACAAGGCAGUUCUCAGGAUGGUGACUCGACGGUACCCACAGAGAAGGGCACCCAAGACUUGUCCAGCCGGGCCCCAGGGGGCCUCCACCUGCCGAAUAGGGGGGCCCGUGUGCGACUCCGGCAGCGCCGCCGCCGGCUGCUCAUCAAGAGGAUGACAGGUGCGGCGGCCGCGGCCAACGGCUCGGGCGGGACCGCGGUGGGGCCGGGGCCGGGGACCCUGGACGGCCGUCGGGCCGGGCUGCAGCAGAGCCAGCGGGAGCGCAAGCGGCUCAUGCAGGAGGCGUGCGCCAAGUACCGGGCGAGCAGCAGCCGGCGGGCCGUCACGCCCCGCCACGUGUCCCGCAUCUUCGUGGAGGACCGCCACCGCGUGCUGUACUGCGAGGUGCCCAAGGCGGGCUGCUCCAACUGGAAGCGGGUGCUCAUGGUGCUGGCGGGGCUGGCCUCGUCCGCCGCCGACAUCCAGCACAACACGGUGCACUACGGCGGCGCGCUCAGGCGCCUGGACACCUUCGACCGCCAGGGCAUCCUGCACCGCCUCGGCACCUACACCAAGAUGCUCUUCGUGCGCGAGCCCUUCGAGAGGCUGGUCUCCGCCUUCCGCGACAAGUUCGAGCACCCCAACAGCUACUACCACCCUGUGUUCGGCAAGGCCAUCCUGGCCCGGUACCGAGCCAACGCCUCGCGGGAGGCGCUGCGCACGGGCGCCGGCGUGCGCUUUCCCGAGUUCGUGCAGUACCUGCUGGACGUGCACCGGCCGGUGGGCAUGGACAUCCACUGGGACCACGUCAGCCGCCUCUGCAGCCCCUGCCUCAUCGACUACGACUUCGUGGGCAAGUUCGAGAGCAUGGAGGACGAUGCCAACUUCUUCCUGAGCCUGAUCCGCGCGCCGCGGAACCUGACCUUCCCCAGCUUCAAGGACCGGCACUCCCAGGAGGCGCGGACCACGGCGAGGAUCACCCGCCAGUACUUCGCCCAGCUCUCCGCCCUGCAGCGGCAGCGCACCUACGACUUCUACUACAUGGACUACCUGAUGUUCAACUACUCCAAGCCCUUUGCGGACCUGUACUGAAGGGCGGGGCCGCCCUCCCGUGCGCAGGGGCGUCCGCCUUCCGGGGUGCCUCGCCCGGGAGCUGAGAUGUUCCCGGAGCCACAGGGCUCUGAGCACGCGAGGAGCCUUGGCUUUGGGAUGCAGCAGGCCCUAGGUGGGGACAGAGGCUCCGCCCUUGGAUGGGGACCCUGGCCCUUGCCUUGCACCCAUUUCCUCCGUCCUUGGCUGAGGGAGAUGCUGCGGGGCACCCCAGGAGCUCAGCCCGGAGUUAGGAUGACCAGGGAAGCCCGAGGCCUGAAGACGAGGCCCCAGCGGCCAGGGACUUCCUGUGGUCCCUUAGCCAUUGCCUUGCACCAAACCACGUGGUUUGCAGCUUUUGUAUGACCCAGGGGGAUGUUCCCUUGGACUGAGGUUCCAAAUAAAGCACAUGGUUUCCAGAGCAGCAGUGUCUACUCUGGUGGGGGGGACACAUGGACCCCUCCCCACCCUUUCUGGAACUUUU